AUGUGGUCAACUGGUAACUCACAUCUGCAUAUACCCUGGCAAAGGCCCUAUGCGACUGGCACGCCGUUACCUGGCAGUCCGUUACCUGGAAGUCCGGUGCGACACAGAAGCCUAGAGGAUACUGAAGAUGGUCACAACCACCAUAAAGUGUUCUUGACUGUCAAGGAACGCGUACGACAUUUUGUCUGGACUUGGUUUACCAUGACGAUGGCCACUGGACAAUUAGCCAAUGUAAUUCUGACUGUGCCUUACCAUUUUCAUGGUCAAUAUGCAAUUGGCUGUUGCUUCUUUAUUUUCAACUUAGUUCUGAUCACUUUCAAUGUGACCAUGAUCUCUCUUCGCUUCUAUUGGUAUCCAUCAACCUUCAAGGCAUCACUCACGCAUCCCACUGAAUCUCUCUUCGUGCCUGCUUCCGUUGUUUCGUUCGGCACAGUGUUGAUGAAUAUCACCGAAUAUGCCGUUGGCAACGGAAAGUCUGGAUAUUGGCUGGAAAGGACAAUGAUCGUUUUAUUCUGGGUGUACUGCGGGCUGGCAAUAACUUUCACCUGCGGUAUCUAUCUCAUCAUGUGGUCAACACAGACGUAUACUAUCUCUAGGAUGACACCAGUGUGGAUUUUCCCAGCAUACCCGCUACUGAUUAUUGGCCCACAUGCUGGAAAGUUGUCUUCGCGAGUCGCGCCAGAUUCUGCGUUGCCCAUCAUUGUUGGAGGCUUCUGUCUCCAAGGUAUUGGUUUCAUGGUGUCCCUGAUGGUCUACGCCGCUUUCUUAUACCGCCUGAUGACGCAAAAAUUACCCAAGGAAUCUCUUCGUCCUGGCAUGUUCAUCUCCGUUGGUCCCUCCGGCUUCACCAUCGCAGGAGUGAUUACUAUGGGUCAGAAUCUCCCAGGAUGCAUACCAGAGAAUUUUAUGGGUGUGGGACAACAGGCUGGCACUAUCUCCUUGGUCAUGGCAAACUGGAUGGGCAUCUGGCUCUGGGGUCUUGCCAUUUUCUUCUUCAUCGUCUCUUGCGGUGCACAUUGGUCUUGCGUCAGACAUGGUCGUCUUCAAUUCGCCUUGACCUGGUAUUCAUUCAUUUUCCCGAAUACAGGUCUGACUGCUGGCACUUUUGCAGUAGCACGUGCUCUAGACGGUUGCAAACCCAUCCGCAUUGUAGGCUGCGUAUUCACUUGUCUCCUCGUUGCUGGCUGGUUCUUCGUCUUUGGUAUGAUGGUUCGUGCCGUCAUCCUCAAAGACAUUCUGUGGCCACAAAAGCAAGAAGAUCGUGAUGAAGGUGGCUGGAAGACUGAGGAUCCUGACUUGACUUUGACGAAGAGCGAAGCAGGCAACCCUUAUCCGGAGGGCAGUUCCAGACGGCAAGCUGGAUUUUGA